UGCCACCUCUACAAUGGCACCAAUCAAGACCAUUGAAUACUUUCGUGUGAAACCCCGCUGGCUGUUCGUCAAGAUAGUCGAUGCAGAGGGUCAUGUUGGAUGGGGAGAAGCGACACUCGAAGGACAUACCAAAGCUGUAGAAGGCACUCUCAAUGGUUACAUUGACCGCUUUGUAGGGCUCGAAGCCGAUGACAUUGAGCAUAUCUGGCAGCUUGCUUGGCGACACAUGUUUAUGAGUGCACUCGCCGGCAUCGACAUCGCGCUCUGGGAUCUCAAGGCACGAAGACUCGGUGUGCCAAUCCAUCAACUACUUGGAGGCAAAGUCAGACAAAAGGUCCAAGUUUAUGCUUGGAUUGGAGGCGAUCGCCCUUCUGAUGUUGCAGAAGCUGGGAAGGAGCGACUUGCACAAGGGUUCCGCGCCAUGAAUGCAACCGAAGAUGUAGGAUGGCUGGAUUCACCAUCGAAACUGGAUUCGGCUGUGGACAGAGUCAAGACUGUCAAGAGCUUGGGUUUGGACGUUGCUUUGGACUUCCAUGGAAGACUUCAUAAGGCUAUGGCAAAGCAGUUGGCCGAGCACCCAGAGGGCAUCAAGCAGCUGUCAAACCUGACAAGUUCACCCAUCGCCCUAGGCGAGAGGUUGUACAGUCGAUGGGACUUCAAAAGAUUUUUGGAAGCGUGGACGUUUUUCAGCCAGACAUUUCUCACUGCGGAGGAAUUAGUGAGAUGCGCAGGAUUGCGGCUAUGGCUGAAACUUAUGAUGCCCAUCGCUCUUGCAGCAUGCUUGCAGAUUGGUUUUUGCACGCCCAACCACAUGAUCCAAGAGAUGUCAGUCGGCAUGCAUUACAAUACAGAGGCCGGCGAACAUGACAUCCACAGCUAUGUGCUCAACUCAGAAGUUUUCAAAGUCACGGACGGCUAUUUAGAUGCCCUCACUGGACCAGGCUUGGGGAUUGAGGUUAAUGAGGAGGUGAUCAGAAGAGUAGCCGAGAACACACAGCCAUGGGAGCUGCAAGGAUUUGUGGGUGUUGAUGGCGGCCUGAGAGAGUGG